CUAGGGGCGGUAGAGAGCACUAACAUGGCUGAAAAUGGAUCAGGCUUUAUAGAUGAACUGAAGUUCUGCAUUGUGUGGUCUUGGACGUACUUCUAGACGUUAGUUUUUGUUAUGAUAUUUAUGCUGUACCUUCUACGAGUGGCGUUCAAAGUAAACGAUAAUCUUACAACAGUGUCCGGUCCAGCCAUGUUCGGCACAGAGUCCUCACUGAGCAUGUUUCUCAACACUCUGACCCCCAAGUUCUACGUGGCCCUGACGGGGACCUCGUCCCUCAUCUCCGGGCUCAUCUUGAUAUUCGAGUGGUGGUACUUCAGGAAGUAUGGCACUUCCUUCAUAGAGCAGGUGUCCGUCAGCCACUUGCGCCCCCUGCUGGGCGGAGUGGAUAACGCCUCGCCCAGCAACUCCAGCCCCAGUAACGGAGACACAGACUCCAGUCGACAGAGCGUGUCAGAAUGUAAAGUUUGGAGAAAUCCGCUAAAUUUAUUCAGAGGGGCAGAAUACAACCGGUACACAUGGGUGACGGGCCGAGAGCCGCUCACCUACUACGACAUGAACCUCUCAGCGCAGGACCACCAGACCUUCUUCACCUGCGACUCGGACCACCUGCGCCCGGCCGACGCCAUAAUGCAGAAGGCCUGGAGGGAGAGGAACCCUCAGGCCCGCGUCUCUGCUGCUCACGAAGCCUUAGAGCUGGAGGACUGUGCCACAGCCUACAUCCUGCUGGCGGAGGAGGAGGCCACCACCAUCGUGGAGGCCGAGAAGCUCUUCAAACAGGCGCUGAAGGCUGGGGAGGGCUGCUACAGACGCAGCCAGCAGCUACAGCACCACGGAGCGCAGUAUGAAGCACAGCACAGGCGGGACACUAAUGUAUUGGUUUACAUUAAAAGAAGACUGGCCAUGUGCUCCAGGAAGCUGGGCAGGACCAGGGAAGCUGUGAAAAUGAUGAGAGAUUUGUGUGUUUUCCAGUUAAUGAAGGAGUUCCCUCUCCUCAGUAUGUUCAAUAUCCACGAGAACCUGCUGGAGUCGCUGCUGGAGCUGCAGGCCUACGCCGACGUACAGGCCGUGCUCGCCAAAUACGACGAUAUUAGUUUACCAAAAUCUGCAACAAUAUGCUACACUGCAGCCUUGCUGAAAGCCAGAGGAGUUUCAGAUAAGUUCUCUCCAGAAGCAGCGUCUCGGCGGGGUCUGAGCACAGCGGAGAUGAACGCUGUGGAAGCCAUACACAGAGCAGUGGAGUUCAACCCACACGUACCCAAAUACCUCUUAGAAAUGAAGAGCCUGAUCCUGCCCCCGGAGCACAUCCUGAAGCGGGGGGACAGCGAGGCCAUCGCCUACGCCUUCUUCCACCUGCAGCACUGGAAGAGGGUGGAGGGAGCCCUCAACCUGCUGCACUGCACCUGGGAGGGCACAUUUAGGAUGAUCCCCUAUCCCCUGGAAAAGGGCCACUUGUUCUACCCCUACCCAAUCUGCACAGAGACAGCCGACAGAGAGCUGUUACCAACAGUGUUCCACGAGGUGUCAGUGUACCCGAAGAAGGAGCUGCCCUUCUUCAUCCUCUUCACUGCCGGCCUGUGCUCCUUCACCGCCAUGUUGGCUCUCCUCACACACCAGUUUCCCGAGCUCAUGGGCGUCUUUGCUAAAGCUUUCCUCAGUACACUGUUCGCACCGCUGAACUUCAUCAUGGAGAAAGUGGAGAGCAUCCUACCGUCCAGCCUCUGGCACCAGCUCACACGCAUCUAGGACUGACUGACUGCUGACGCCCUUGUGCCAAGGUCAUUAGUUUUGUGGACUACAAAACAGGGCAUGAUGGGGGAAAAAGGGAAAACGGAAUGAAGACUGGGAUUUACUUUUGUUUUUCUUUCAUUUUUUUUUGCUUUGGUUUUGUUUUUCGUUCUCAUGUAAACCUGUUUUUGUUGUACAAAAAAGGUGGUGAUGAUUUGCCUUCAGACGAAAAGAAAAGCUUAAAAAACACAACAAAAAUAAAGACUUUUGUGUAUCGCUGCAAGACUUUUC